AUGAAAUCUUUUCUCUACGUGGACGAUUCAGCCUUGGUGUUCUCCCAUAAGGUAUCUCAGAUGGUGAUUGAGGAGGUGAGCGUUCUGCAGACUCAGCUGGAGAUCGAGAAGUCGUGCCGGGAGAAUGCAGAGGCCCUGGCCACAAAGCUGAACUGCGAGAACAGGAAGUUGAAGUACCUGAGCCUGUCGUCACGUCCAUGUUUGGACGAGCUGCUUCCCAGCAUCUCAGACUGCAUCGCUCUGGACGCUGACUCGGAUGCAGACACAGCAGACGGAAGCCCUGACACCUUCACGCAGUACCAGCAACAAGUUAAAGAACUGAGGGAGACAGUGAACAGCUUGUUGGAGGAGAAGAAGAAUUUUGUCUGUCAGAUUCACGAACAGCAGAGACGGAUAGAAGAGUUCACGUCACAGUCACAGAAAGAUCAGGCAGAGAUGAAAGAGCUUCGUGAAACUGUUGAGCAACAAGGAAAAACAAUCAAGAGAUUCAACAGAGUCUCCAUGAUGGCCGCUCAGGAGUACGAUGGGAUGAAGGAGCAGCUCGACUUGGAGCAGAGCCUAAGAGUCAAAGCUGAGACUUACGCACACGAGAUGCUGGUGAAGCAGAAGGAGGCCAACAGGCAGAGUAUGCUCCUGCUACAGAGUGCUGAGCCCAGCGUUCAGCUUCUGAAAGCUCUGGAGGAUGUUGCUGCCAUCACCAAAACCCUGGAGGAGGAGCGUCUGCAGCAUCAGCAGAAGGUGGAGAGCCUGCAGGCCCAGCUGGAGCAGAGCUGUGUGAAGAAGCAGCUGGAGGCUCUGCAGAGGCAGCUGGAGCUGCUGGAGGUGGAGAAGAAGGAGGUGGACGGACGAUUGGAGAAGGCAGAGAAGAAGAAUGAGGAGCUGGAGAACAGAGUCCACAAGCUCCAGGAGGAGACCCAGAAAAACAAUGCCAUGACGACCAGAACGGGACCCCCUCCCCCCGAACCUGGGGUUGCCCCACCUCCCGCCCCUCCCCCGCAGCCUCCUCCUCCCCCUCCUCCCCCCCCUCCUCCGCCUCCUCCACCUCCCCCCUCGAGAUGCAACCCCCUCAGCUCUCUGAUAGCCAUCAUGAGGAAAUCUUCAAAAGGCUCUAAAGCGUCCGUGAAGGCAGAGCAGCCUCCAGCUGCUGAGGGUGUGGACGACGUGAAGGUGAAAGCAGUCAAUGAAAUGAUGGAAAGGAUCAAACAUGGCGUCGUCCUGCGACCUGUCAAGAGUCAGGAGACUAAGAGAGUAGCAGUAAAACCACCUCCAAUCUGUGAGGAGAAACCGCAGGAGAGCGCCAUGGAGGAACUGAAAGGCAUCCUGGAGACGGUGAAGCGGAGUCCCAGCCGAGGGUCUCAGGAGUCGGGGCCGUCACCACCUGGGAAGAAGGACAGCGAGCUGGAGGUCAUCCUGAGACGUCGACGCAACAAGGCGGGAGAAGCUGGCUCCGGAGAUGAGCGAGAGGGCCAGAUGAGCCACGUCUCCUCCUCAGACAGCCUGAAUGGGAGGCGCACCAGCAGCGACUCGGGCAAGGAUCCAGAGGGGCCGGGGGGGCUGAGCACACCCUCCGACUCUGCGGGUCCCAGGGUUAGCUCAGAGAGACGGGGGUCAGGACCGGGGCCCGUCGUGGCCAGGAGGAAGAGCUCGGACACAGGCAAAGAGCCCAGAGUGGGCUCCUGGCAGGAGAGGAGGUCUUGCAGCUCUCUGUCUGAGAAAGAAACAGCAGAGUCUCCGGUCGGCAACGGCUGCACCAACAGGUGGAGCAUCUGA